AUGGGCAUCAAAACUGACAUCACACUUUACACGGAGGGCACCCCCAACGGGCUGAAGAUAUCCAUUGCUUUGGAGGAACUAGGUCUUGACUACAAGGUCGUCACUUUGGACUUUAGCAAACAUGAGCAGAAAGAGCCAUGGUUCCAGGACAUCAAUCCCAACGGUCGCAUUCCAGCCAUCACUGAUAAAGAUGAAAGUGGCAACGAGGUUAAAAUAUUCGAGAGCGGGGCAAUUCUCGAGUACCUCGUCGCCAGGUACGAUGAGAAUCACAAGAUAUCUUAUCCUUACAAAUCAAAGGAGCAUUGGGAGACCACCAGCUGGCUGAUGUGGCAAGUCUCUGGCCUCGGACCUAUGCAGGGUCAAGCGAACCACUUUACUCGCUAUGCACCAGAGAAACUAAAGUAUCCUAUUGACCGCUACAUUAGCGAGAGUAACCGCCUCUACCGCACUUUGGAUCGGCAGCUUGCCAAGAACGGAACUGGCUACAUCGUCGGAGAUAAACUUACCGUUGCGGAUAUCUCUGUUUGGCCAUGGGUGGCCGCCCACAACUUUUCCGGACUUCCCGACGUCAUGAAGUACAUUCACAUCAAGAAGUGGUUCGACAAUCUUUUGGAACGGCCUGGAUUCGAGGCUGGCCGCAAUGUACCUAGACCUCACUUCCACAUCACGCUCAAUGACCUGCCUGAGGAAGAACUAGGAAAGUUUGCAGAGCCGGGAAUCAAGUGGCAGAAUGAGGCGAGGGAGAGGGAGGCUGCAUUGUGA